CUCAACCUAAAAAAGAAAAUAAAAACAAAAAAAAAGAUUGAAAGAUAUAGAUAUGGGAAGAGGAAAAAGUUCUUCGUCGUCUUCGUCUAUAGAGAGUACCAGUAAGAGCAACCCGUACGGUGGCUCUUCAAGUACUCGAAACCUAAGCACCGAUCUAAGGCUCGGACUCAGCUUUGGGGCAUCCUCAGGGACGCAGUAUUUCAACGGUGGUUACGGGUAUUCUGUUGUAGCUCCAGCGGCAGAGUAUGCGGUUGCGGUGGCUGAGGAGGAGGAAGAAGAGAACGAGUGUAACAGCGUUGGGAGCUUCUACGUGAAAGUGAACAUGGAGGGAGUUCCAAUUGGGAGAAAGAUCGAUCUCAUGUCUCUUAAUGGCUACCAUGACUUGAUCAGAACCCUAGAUUUCAUGUUCAACGCAUCCAUUCUCUGGGCUGAAGAAGAAGAGAUGUGCGGCCAGAAGAGUCAUGUACUAACAUACGCGGACAAGGAAGGUGACUGGAUGAUGGUUGGGGAUGUUCCGUGGGAAAUGUUUUUAUCUACCGUGAGAAGACUGAAGAUUUCAAGAGCUUACCACUACUGA